ACAAUAUAGAUUUUUUCAUUUUUAUACUCACUCCACACCCACCUUUCAAGAGAUUCUCACUUCUGUCAAUCCAAGAAAAGCAGACUUUCUUUUCUACUGUACUAAUACUAUAUCAAGGAGACAAGGACCCUGGUCAAUUUCUGUAACUUUACCCCUCUCUCUCUCUCUCUCUCUCUCUCCUGCUCCACAGAUCGGUCAUCGAUCAGACAUUCAGACAAUCACUAUUUUUUUUUCUUCACUACUAUACCACCUUCCUCUCAUAAAUGCCCAUAAAUUCCAUUUUGCCCCACUGACUUUUUUUGUGUGUCUCCAAUUUCCUCUCCAUAAUAGUCUAGAAAUUCAAGAGAGUGAUGAAUUCAAGUACCCAUUCACAGAAAUGGGUGUGGGUAUGAAGAAGUGGAAUGAAAAAGCCUGUCUUGGAGCUCUCAGUUUUAAUUUGAAGAAUCUAGACUAGUAGUAAAUAGAAGAGAAAUUGAUUGGUAGGGAGUGUGAAAAAAGGGUAUGUCUGCAGACAACAUCAAAGGUCUGGUCUUGGCUAUCUCAUCCAGUUUCUUCAUUGGGUCUAGCUUCAUUGUCAAGAAGAAGGGACUCAAGAAGGCUGGUUCUGGAUCUGGUCUUAGGGCAGGCGCUGGAGGCUAUUCUUACUUAUUGGAGCCACUUUGGUGGGCUGGAAUGGUAACAAUGAUUGUUGGAGAAAUAGCAAAUUUUGCCGCUUAUGCUUUUGCUCCAGCUAUACUAGUAACUCCCCUCGGUGCACUGAGUAUUAUUAUCAGUGCUAUACUUGCACAUAUGAUUUUAGGGGAGAGACUACACAUUUUUGGUAUUAUUGGUUGCGUUUUAUGCAUCGUGGGAUCAACUAUCAUAGUUCUACAUGCCCCACAAGAGCGUGAAAUUGAGAAUGUGCAGGAACUCUGGGAUCUUGCUACCGAGCCAGGCUUCCUAUUGUAUGGAACCAUGGUAGUAGCAGCCGUUGUUAUAAUUAUUGUUUAUUUUCUCCCAAAGUACGGGCAGACUCAUAUAAUUGCUUAUGUUGGAGUAUGUUCACUUGUGGGCUCAAUUGGGGUAAUGAGUGUCAGAGCAUUGGGCAUAGCACUGAAGUUAACGUUUGGGGGGACAAAUCAGUUAGUAUAUCCUCAGACAUGGGCCUUUGCAGUAAUUGUAGCUACGUGCUUGUUGACACAAGUGAACUACUUAAACAAGGCUCUUGAUACAUUCAACUCGUCUGUUGUAUCGCCUAUAUACUAUGUAAUGUUUACAACAUUAACAAUUGUGGCCAGUGUUAUCAUGUUUAAGGACUGGAAUGGGCAAUAUGCAACUCAAAUUGUUACGGAGCUUGGUGGGUUCGUGACCAUUCUAUCGGGAACCUUCCUUCUUCACAAAACCAAAGACUUGAAUGAAGUUUCUUCACCAUCUUUCGCGUUUCGCAAUCCUAAGUAUGAAGAAGCAGAUGGAAUCAAUCUUGAAAGCAUUCCCCUCAAGCGUCAAGAAUCCAUGCGAUAAUGAUUAUUCAAAAAAAAAAAUCAAGAGCCAUUGAUUUGCCUAUAUUUUUUUAUGGAAGUGCCACCGCUAAUCGCUUUUCAUUGGCUAGCACACUUCUGGACAGCAAUAUGGAAUGGAUGUUUGUUUGCCUCUGAAGUCUGAACCUAAGUGUAGUCAUGGCUUUAACCUGCCAGGCUCUAUUUUUGUUCGGUUUCAGUCUCUUUUGGUGGUGCUAGUGGUUGGUGUAUUUGUGUAUAGUUCUCUAGCCUCUACACAGAAAGUGAUAUCUGGCUACAUAUUGACAGGCAGAGGGUUGAAGAUCAUUAUAUUUGUGUAUGGCCUUGGUGCAGUGAAAAUUUUGCUCUUUAAAAUGUGUAACCUUUUAUUAUAGAUCAUUAUAUUUGUGUAUGGCCUUGGUCCAAUGUGUAUCUUUUUUUUUUUUUUUCUUUUUUUCGUUUUUGCAUUCUUUGUGACAUUUUUCAUAAAGACUCAUUAGUCACCA